AUGUUAACUACAGCAGAGUGGGACAGACUGCAGAGGCUCGAGACCCUCCUUAAACCAUGCAGAUAUGUGACUGAGCUCCUUGGGGGUGAGACCUUUGUCUCAUGCUCUAUUGUGUUACCUGCUCUCAGCCACCUGACCCACACCAUUAAAGUCUCUGAUGACGACAUGGCCUAUGUGGACCUAAAGUGUCUACCAAGAGGAGAGCGAGGACAGGUGUGGACCAGCAUUGAGGCACUGCUGCGAAAAGAUCCAGACAGAGCCGCUCCAGAACCCACGGAGGAGCCAGCAAGGAAGAAGAGCCUCCUGCGGUUUCAUUCAGACUCUGAAUUAGAGGAUGAGGAUGAAGAGGGGCCCAACGGGGCUCUGACCCGCUACAGGGCAGAGUCCACCAUCAGUGAGACAGAUUGCCCACUGCAGUGGUGGUCCACUCAUGAGGGAGCCCAUCCACAGCUUUCUUCCCUGACCCGCAAGUAA